AUGGAGAACGGCUCGGGAGCCGCGCUGGGCGGCAGCGGCAACCAGAGCCUGGGCAGGAUGCCCCGGCAGCCCCUGGAGCUGCAGGUGGUCACCAUCCUGCUGGUGCUGCUCAUCUGCGGGGUGGGCAUCGCGGGCAACGCGAUGGUGGUGCUGGUGGUGCUGCGCGCCAGGCACAUGGUGACCCCCACCAACUGCUACCUGGUGAGCCUGGCGGUGGCCGACCUCAUCGUGCUGCUGGCGGCCGGGCUGCCCAACAUCUCCGAAGUGGUGGCUUCUUGGGUGUACGGCUACGCCGGCUGCCUCUGCAUCACCUAUCUGCAGUACCUGGGCAUCAACAUCUCCGCCUGGUCCAUCGCCGCCUUCACGGUGGAGCGGUACAUCGCCAUCUGCCACGCCAUCAAGGCGCAGCUCCUGUGCACCGUGUCCCGCGCCAAGCGCAUCAUCGCCUCGCUGUGGCUCUUCACCUCCCUGUACUGCCUCAUGUGGUUCUUCCUGGUGGACACGACCCAGGUCACCUUCUCGGACGGGGCGCAGGUCAGCUGUGGCUACCGGGUCUCCAGAAGCCUUUACAUGCCCAUUUACUUCUUGGACUUUGCCGUCUUCUACGUCAUCCCACUGGGGCUGGCGACCGUCCUCUACGGCCUCAUCGCCCGCAUCCUCUUCGUGAGCCCCCUGCCCGCCACCCCGCAGCGUUCCUGCCUGGGCUCCGUGCACCAGGGCAACUCCCUGCAGCUCUCCUGCCGGGUCAACAAGGGGGCCCUGAGCUCCCGCAAGCAGGUGACCAAAAUGCUGGCUGUCGUGGUGGUGCUCUUCGCCCUGCUGUGGAUGCCCUACCGCACGCUGGUGGUGGUGAACUCCUUCAUGGACCCGCCCUACCUCAACACCUGGUUCCUCCUCUUCUGCCGCCUGUGCAUCUACCUGAACAGCGCCAUCAACCCCAUCAUCUACAACCUCAUGUCCCAGAAGUUCCGGGCUGCCUUCAGGAAGCUGUACAAGUGCGAGGAGAAGCGCGCUGAGCGCCCUGCCCCGUGCGCCGCCCCCGUGUCCUACAGCGUGGGGAAGGACUGCUCCCAGGACAGCUCUGACCACAGCAUCACCCAGCAAGGGGACCUCAGCAGGCUCCCUGGCCCUGCAAAGAAGAGCAGGCAAAUCCUGGGACCCUGAAAGGAUGCAGGCAGUGGGAGCUCUCCGGAAAAUGCCGAGGGAAAUGGCUUUGGCCUUUGGCGUUGGCAGCAAGCUGCGUUUAACACUCCUGCAGGGCAUUUCACAAAGCACAUCGUUAAAGGCAAAUCCCUCGGCUUUUCCUUCACGCUAAUCUGUUCUUGUUUGGUGAAGUGUUUGGCACAGGUCGGUGUUUAGCAUCUUUAAAGCAUCUCUUGUAAAUACAGCAGUGCACUGCCAUUCUGUGUUACCGGUUGCUUGUUGAGCUGGGCCAAAGCGUUGAAAGGAAACCCAGGAAGAGAAGAACAUUCAAGGAAAUAAAAAACCAACCUCUUCUUGCUGGAGCCAUUUUCUUAGAGAGUGAGACUCUCCUACCCAAAUUUACAUGCCUCUGACACAGACACCCCAUGGGAGCUGCUUCUCCAGAGUCCUUUUGGAGUUAAUGGGGACAACUGGGCACUUCUAAGCAGUGUCUCCUCUCCUCUCAGCACAGUCCUCUGAGGAAUACACAGCCCUGCUGAGGAGAUCAAUGCCUCCCAAGAUUUCAUGGUGACACAUUUAUUACUGCUGUCAUUCUGUGAGCAAAGUGGCUAUUCAUAACCUUCAGCAUCCAAGAAACCAGCCCAAGAACACUUGACCCAGACUUGCAAGAGACUAUCUGGACUAUGAGUAAAAUGAAAAAGCACACACACAUGAGCCAAACCCUAAGGAUCUUGCCAAAUAAAACAAGUCUCAGCCACCAGUAACCCUCGAGUGACUGCAAAAAAUUAUUUGAACAGCCAGUGCAGUCUCACUUGUCAACACUGGUUUUCAGCAAGCUAUGGUGUUAAAAGAUCUUAGAAUGUUUCAUCCACUCAGGAAAAAUAUCUGUGUGAUACGUUUAAGAGCACAAGAUGUCGGUAACCAUUCUGCAUCACUUGGCUGGGCGAGUCAGGACAAGACCUCAAGUUACCCUGGUCUGUCAGAACCGUCCAGGACCUGUCUCAUUAUGUGUAGGGUGGCUUUGCAUGUAUAAUUACUACAUUGUGAAUUAUUAAACCAGCUACUUCGUCCCUAAAAUAACUGUAGGAUGAGGAAAGAGAAUGAUUUGAAACAUUCAAAUUUGGAAUUUAAGGAUUCAUGCCACUUUUGCACUCUUUUGUGUAUAUUGUGUGUAUUGGUAACUUAGGCACAGAGUUCCUAUUCAUUGUUGUUGUGGGAAUUGUGCAGAGACAUUUGGCAUUUGCUUCUUGAAGAAGAUGGAAGUGUUUUUGCUAACAUGGGACAAUUUGCUUGUAACAAUAUUUUCUCUGGUACAGAUUUUGUGGGUUUUUUUCCCCUUAGAUUUUUCCUUAGCAGCUCAGAACAAGCCAUUGAUAAAAGCAUCAAUAAACAAGCCAUUGAUAAAACCAGAGCAGCAAGGACCAGGGAGGAGGAAGAGGAGCCCUGGGCCAUUGUUGGAGCCUCCCUGGGGCCUCGAGCACAGGCAGCAUCUCCUGGGGGAUGGGCUGUCCUGUGUCCCCCAGCCUGUCACCCUGAAGCUGUGGAUGCAGAGAGCAGCAGGGAGGCCAGCUUUGCCCUGAGGCCAUGUGGGAAGAGGAUUUACUGUCCGAGAUUGGAAACCCUCUUGCAUCCUGACCUGAGGAUUUUUCAGGCAUGGGAUGUGCCCUUUGACAGACAGCCUUGAUCUCUGCAAACACAAGGAGCAGCUUAACUCCAAAGUAACUCCAGCAGGAUAUUUUCCACCUCCUCAUCACAUUUCCAGUCUUCACCGUUCCCAUUUAUGUUUUCUUCCCCCAGAGAGAGACAUCCUAAAAGCACUAUUCUCUUAAUUAAAUUUCAGCCUCAGCCCAACAGCUAAUUGAUAGUUCUGAAAUUUUCGUUCAGCAUACUUAGCAUUCAAUUAAAACCCGGUUCUGUUCUCCCCUUUCUGCCCUCAGCUGCCAAGUACAGCAUGACCCUGUGUUAUUUUGUGAGCAGUAAUUGGCAGAUAAAUUCCCCUGGCACCACGAGUUCUCCGGCAAACGCACCAGAGCGGUAAACUCUGCAGAUGAGCAAUGAGUUCCUGCUCUUUCCCCCUCCAUGUAUUCUGACACUUUAGGAGGAGCUGAGAGAUUUUUAGGUGGAAGUGGAGGCAGAAGGUCAGCACUCAGCUUGGUGGAGAGAUGCUGGCUAAGAGGACAGGCAGCUACGUGCUGCUGGGAAAUAAAUCACCAGCAGAAAGGAAUUAAAAGAAAUAACUCACCACUGUAACUUCCUCUGGAUAUCCAGGGUCUGAAUAAAAACCUCGAUUCCUUGUAAGAAAUCAAAGAGCUCCCUUCAGGCUUCAGCCUGCACUACCUUAUGUCUUGCAACAUCCCACCCUGCUCGUAAAGUCUGAAGCUGUAUUUUACCCUCAGCAUUUAUUUGUCUCAGUGGCAUGAGUGUAGGCUGUGAGUUUAUAAAUAUGCCAUCAAAUAAAGAAUCUAUUGCUCCCAAACAGUCUACCACAUUGAAGCUGCUCCUCAAGUUAAUCUAACUUGCUACUCUCCUAAUUAAAGCCCAUUAUUUCUAACCCCUGCCCUUCCAGUGCUUGUUAACCUGC